CUUGUCAUCCGGUUAUGGUCUGCGUGAGCUGAAAAUUGUAAGUGCAAUGGUUUGCGCCAUAGCGCCUGCAUGAAUUGACGGGAGGUCAGAGGGCCGCACGUUGGGGAACAAAUCGACUAAAUGCCAGAGAGCGCGCGGCUGCUGCUGCCAUGGACUGUCCGAUAAAGGAAGCGCUGUCUGUGAUGAGUGAGGACCAGCCCAUGUUUGAUUCGUCGUACACAGCGGCCCCCGCCAUGCAUAUGAAAACUGAAAUGACUUCGCCUGGGGGUUUCAGCCAGACAUCCAAACAGAGUCCAGAGCAAGCCGAGCCGGAAUGGGCGGGGUCAACGCCACAAAACCCUGGGAAGAGAGGCGAACACGUCAAUGGGACCAGCCGUGAGUCCCCCGUGGACUGCAGCGUCACCAAACGCUCCCGACAUGUGAGUGACGAAGAAGCGCCAAUGCUGUAUCAGUCCUCCUACCAGGAGCCCCGCGUCAGCCCCCAAACCACCACCCCGCCCAGCAGCGCCACAGAGGAGAAGAGGGUUAUCGUUCCAGCAGAUCCUGAGGUGUGGACCCAGUUCCAUGUGCGGCAGUGGCUGGACUGGGCCAUCAAAGAAUAUGUCCUGGAAGAGGUGGACGUCAUGCUCUUCCAAGCUGUGGAUGGCAAAGCUCUGUGCAAGAUGACCAAGGACGACAUGAUGAGGCUCACGUCCGCCUACAACGCAGACAUCCUGCUUUCACACCUCAAUUACCUCCGGCAGAGUAGCCCCACCUUCUCAUACUCCACGACUCCGACCAACACGCCCCCCCCACAACCCAGACUACAGGUGAAAGCAGAGAGUGGCUUCGAUGAAAUCAGUCGCAGGAACAGCUGGCCAACCAACAGCAUGACUCCUCCAGUUCCCAAAGGUUCUUCAAUGGAGCACCAACACAACACCAGAGUUACAGAGCCUGCACCAAGAAUCGUGCCAGACCCGUAUCAGACAUUAGGGCCCAUCAGCAGCCGGCUGGCCAAUCCAGAAAGCCAAGCUCUCAGCUCCUCCAAGAGCCGAACAGGCAAACAAAGCCCUUUCAAGCUCCCCGACCCCGGGGCUCACAGGCCUGUGGGAUCGGGGCAGAUUCAGCUGUGGCAAUUCCUGCUGGAGCUUCUUUCUGACAACAACAACGCCAGCUUCAUAACCUGGGAGGGCACCAACGGGGAGUUCAAGAUGACUGAUCCGGACGAGGUGGCCAAACGCUGGGGAGAGCGAAAGAGCAAGCCCAACAUGAACUAUGACAAGCUCAGUCGCGCUCUUCGCUACUACUACGACAAAAACAUCAUGACCAAGGUUCAUGGCAAGCGCUACGCCUACAAGUUUGACUUCCAAGGCAUAUCACAGGCGCGCCAGAACAGCGCAGCGGAGGGUGGGAUUGUGAAGUAUCAAACUGAGAUGUCUUAUGUCCAGCCCUACCACAGCCACCAGCCCAAAAUGAACUUCAUGGGCGCCCAUCCCGGCUCCAUGCCCGUCUCCCCCGGUAACUUUUUCGGCCCUCCCUCAACGUACUGGAACUCACCCAAUAACCCCAUCUAUCCUGGCUCAGCCAUGUCCAGACACCCUACUCACUCUCACCUGAGCUCAUACUACUGAGGACAGCGAAUGUCGCACCUGAACAGAAUACAGGAGAGAACCCAAGUGUGCUCCACGCAGGUGGCACCUGAGCUGAACCCUGUCUGCAAAGAGGGCGAUAUGACGCUACGGUCAGUUUUGUACAAAUGCAUUAUUCCAUUGUCUUCUGCACAUUCCUUCCUACAAAUGGAUAACGUGUGAGGCUUGGAGUCCUCCAAGAGUUCAAGGAAGACACCAGACUGUAUCACUGAUUAUUCUCUUGAGAUUUUGGUCAUGUGCAUUUUAUUAGUAGCACCUGCUGUCAAUGUCACAGCUGUGAGAGUAGCAAUGUUAAUUUGUAACUAUUCCUUCUGCCAUCACAUUUCAAAAAAUGCCAUCACAUUUACGAGGCUGAAUUUUUGUAAACAAAUUGUACAGAAUGGUUUUCAUGUAACAAUAAACAUUUAUACGUUAUGUAACCCUAA